AUGUCAGAGAAGGAGUGGAAUAUUGUCAUCCGCAACAAUAGCCUCACAAGCGCUUCUCGAUUGGUGUUUUCCAAUCUGGGCCGAGCGUCCGAUGGAAGCAAAAAGCUCAAGUUCCGUCGGAUUGAACGUGCGCCAUACAGUGCCUUUGUGUUGAAACCGAGAAAGUUCCAGCCGCAUGAAAUUUCGGAUUCAGAGGUCAAAAUUGAGCAACAAUUCCAUAUCCCCCGGUUUGUGGUGGCAGACGAUUCAUACGUGGAUACUUUUGAGACUAAGUCGUCUGUGGCAACGGCUAUGGCUCGUAGUUCAUUCUCCUCCAUUGAGGCAGAAGCUUCUAUUGAAGGAGGAGCGUUUGGAUUCAGUGCCGCUGUCAGUGCUGGCUUCUCCUCGAGUGAAAGCAAUGCGUUGAGCAAGCAGAGCACGGCAGAAAGCAGCACUAUGAACAUCACCUACAAUUUUCCUCGAGUGGUGCUGCAUUUGGAUGAGUACAGUUUGGCACUAUCCGAUGAAUGUAGCCAGGAUCUUAUCAGGGUCAAGGAUGUCAACUCUCUGAUUGCCUUUCACCAUAAAUACGGCCACUUUUUCGCCACGCGCGUCGAACUCGGUGGGAGACUGUUUUCAUCAGAAAAGUUCAGCACGUUGGGUACCAGUAGCGAAAGUGAAGCUACCAAGCAGAUGAAGAUCUCAGCUAGUGCCUCAUUCUCAUCCAAGUUUGUGUCUGGUAGUGCCAGCUACAGUCAAGAGAAUGGACAGUCGGGCCAAGACAGCGAUGCCAGACGGAGUAUGCAGAGCUCCAUCUCAUGGCAAGCCCAGGGCGGUGAUACCCUUCUCUGCAACAACCCUCCUGCGUGGUGUCCUACGGUCGCUCCGUUUCAAAACUGGCGUGUCAUCAAGCAAGAAGACGUCAUCCCUCUGGGCGAUUUCAUCGGCCGAAUACCCGGCUAUGAAGAUGUCCCAGACAGGUUCAACAAACUUGCUGAAAUCACUCGAAGGAAGGAGACGGUCAGCUUCCGGCUUGGCCUGGAUGCAUGGCAAAGGGCAGACAAAAACAAGCCCGAGUAUUUAUCACUCCACCACGCGUGGAGAAUUCGCCAGGAAGUGACUCAGCUGUACACCAACGAACUUACAAAGGACCCCUUUGCGGCCAUAAAAGGUUUACAAUCAGGCCAGUGGGCCAAUUAUCAAAUCCCCUACGCGAUCCAGGAACUCUACGAUAGUGGCCACCCUGGAUUGGCAUUUGAAGACAACAGCACCGAUACUGUAUAUGACAUCGAGGUCGAAACCCUCUUGAAUCAAGCUCCAGCCCUACACUAUGGAGUGAGGUACCAGAUCUUCAACCGCAAAAGGGGCCUAUGGCUUCGCGCCAUUCUCUUCAACCAAAAUGGGAAAGAGAUAACGGUUUUGGCAGCUGGACCCAAGCACGAGGCGACACUUUUCGAGUUCCGCGACCAAGAGCGAGAGGGACCCAUGCGCAAUGGGGACAAAUGUUGUCUGUUGGUGUACGGUCCGGAUGGCAGGCAAAAAGGUAUUAUCGCAUUGUCGCUGCGGGGUCAAAACCCAGGUGAGGGCGUGGACGACGCGAAGUCGAUUGGAGCAUUGCCAUACAGUGUUCCGAAUGAAGGUCGCAUUCGUUUCACGGUGCUUGAAAUGGUGGACCAGGCAGAUGUUCCCACUUGA